GCCAUAUUCAUCUGGAUCUUCCCGGUAAUAAUCCCACGUCCUCGAUGCAUUCUCUCAGACGCCGUAAAUCAGCCCCAUUUCCUCUGUUUCUUCGCUUUUUCUUCAUUUUUUUACAGCAAUUUUUUAAAGUUUUAUGUGUUGAAGUGAACUAAUGGAAUUCGAUAUUAAUCUGAAUCCGUGUACAAUAAGCCGAUGCUCUGGAUUCAAUAAUGAAGGCAGCAUGGUUAUGUGCACGGAAAUUGAAUCCUCAGAGUCGUCAUGUCUGCUCCCUCUGAUCCCUCUUUACAGGGUUUAAUGAUUUGGGGGCCUGGAUAAGACUCACAUUUCAGGCACUUGUCCAUUUAUCCUGGUGAAUUCGAUCGGAGUUUUUAUUUCACCUUUCAAUUUUCAGGAUGAAUCUCGUUUUCACGGUGGCGGGCCAGGAAUGGCCGCUCCGGCAUCUCAAAUCGGAACUCAUGUUAAGAUUCUAGGGUUUGAUCUGUUAAAUCUCAGCUUGAAUCCAACAGAUUCGACAUUUUCCGAUCGCAAUGGCGUUAGAUUCUCCCGAGUUGAGUGCGUCGGAGUUGUCGUGAGCCGGGAAUUCAAGCCGGGAAGGUUUCUGAGACUCGUGAUCGACGAUUCCACCGGCUGCAUCUCCUGCGUGCUGUGGCUCAACCAGUUGUCGUCUCCCUACUUUUCCCGUCGGAGCCCCCCGGAUGUUCUUGCGGUUGCAUCUAUGGCGGCGAAGUUCUCGGCGGAGGCGCAGAUUGGUGUCCUUGCUAGAAUCCGCGGCAAGAUCAACGUAUUCCGGGGAGAGGUUCAGAUUACGGUGGCUGACGUUUUUGUCGAAAGAGAUCCAAACUUUGAGAUUCUGCAUUGGUUGGAUUGUGUGAGAUUGUCACGUAAUUGUUAGAGCACUGGUAAUCUGUUUGAAGUCAUGGGCUUCAAACCUUCCUUCUGCCACGUAAGCUUUAAACUACAUCCAAAAUUCAUUGGAAAUGGUUUUGAAGUUUAGGGGCUUCAAAUUGGUGCUUCAAACCUUCAUUUUUUUAUAUUUUUAAAUAUACUUCUUUUAAAUUUAAAUUAAUAAAUUUAAAUUAGUUUAAUAUUUUAAUUAAUUGCAAUGACACUGUUGCAUAAAAAAAUAAAUUCAUUAUAAAAAAUCUUGCAUUCAUAAAAAAACAUUCAAAAAAAAUUAAAUUCAUUAAAAAAAAAUUACAUAAAAAAAACAACAGUGAAAAGUAAUUACUAAUUAUUCGAAUGACUAAAGAUAUGUUCGAUUAAAUUUGUCGUUGGUGUAUUAUGAAUCUCUUGGCUUCAAAUUUCAUGGCGGUUGUAUCUUUUCUUUUCUUUGGUUAUUUUUUUGUACAUAGGCACCUCCUCGUCCGGAUUGUAUUGACAAAUUA